CCGCUCCCCCAGCCCCUAAUCUGGAGGCAGCUCCCCCCGAGCUCAACGUGGAGUCAACGAAAGAGAUGCGCAGCUCGCCAAGUUGAAGGGUGAGGGGCGAGCUUGGCACUGGCUGGGCCGCGCUGCCCAGGACAGGAGAAAGGUGCAACUUGGCGAGGAAAAAGAGGGCAGAAGGGAAAUUGGAUAUCCAGCCUCGCCUUGCCUGUGGCCCCGGGUCGGGAAUCCACACUACCAUCCUGGUUGAUCAAGGCAAAGUGGGAGGAACAGAAAGAAGAGGACGUGGGUGCUUCUGUAUGUGAGAGAAGUCCUGUUUAGGGGGAGGAACUGGAAAGAGCGGACCAGGUUGCUUCUGUAUGCAAGAGAAGCCCUGUUUAGGGGGGGAGAGAAACAAGGCAGCGGCUGAGGUUCACCCCUCCCUCCAGGCAGCAGUUGAGAAACCACGGGACAGGCACGGGGAGGGUGCUGAGGAGGAGGUGUAUAACACAUACGUAGAUGAGACACAUCAGGGCGACUGUGCAUCUGUCUGGCUGAAGGAUCCUCCUCCUCCUCCUCCUCAACAUGGUACUACGUGUUAAAAAGCAAACAAGGAGCAAAUAGUAAAUAGAGAUGCAUGAAGCCACAGAGGAAAGGAGACGAACGGCACUGAAUCAAGCGGAAGAGAAACUGAAGGAAAGCGAGGACUAACCUCGUGUCGCCCAGAGAGAGCCCCCGAACCGGGCUUAUUCCAAAGAGGGGCUGUGAUUAAAUCCUGUUCUCAGCCACCCAUCAUCCUCAAACCAGUGACAGAAGCUUGCCUGCUCCGAGGGAAUAAGCAGCAAUAGAUCACUGUCUGUGAACUGCGGCUGCCGUUUGGGAGGGAUUUAAUUUUCUUGCUUUUACAUUUUUCUUCUAGUUUAAAAAAAUUUUUUAGACAUUUUUUAAAAAGGUAUCUGCUAUUUUCCUGAUUCCAGUUCCGUGUUAUUCCGUCUUCAGCUUCUCAGAUUGUUGAUUACCCCCACCCCCAUUCCCCUCCCCACUUCCUCCGUGGAAAGAAAAGGAUUAAAAGUUACAAGUAUUGUUAUCCUUGGAUUUGUAGGUUAUUCUCUCCCCCCGCACCCGACCCCCUCGGUGUGUGUUGUAAAAGUAGUGAGUACUAUGUGCACCAACAUAGUUUACGAAUGGCUGAAAGCCCUGCAGCUCCCCCAGUACGCGGAAUCCUUCGUGGAUAAUGGCUACGAUGACCUGGAGGUGUGCAAACAGAUCGGGGAUCCUGACCUGGACGCCAUCGGGGUCUUAGCGCCCCAGCACCGGCGCCGGAUCCACGACGCGGUAAGGAGGUUGCGGGAGCAGGACGCCAAUGCCGCCGGUCUCUACUUCACCUUGGAGCCCCAGCAGCAGCAGCCUGGUUCUCCUUCCCCAGAAAUCUACACUAGCCACCUGGUGGAGCAGUAUGAGGGUCAGGCUUGGAGGGAGUCUCAGUCUAGCCAGACCCAAGGAUCCAGGGGGGUCUCCAGGAACCAGAAAGCUGGGUCACGCAGCAAGGAACUGGUGACUUACCCCAAACUCAAACUGAAAAUCAUGAUCAGGGAUAAACUGGUCCGGGAUGGAAUCAACUUAAGCAAGCCCCCAUACUCCAAUAAGGUCCCAAUGGCUGGCAUCCUAGAGUACUUAAUGAAUUGGCCGAAGUCAUCACAGAACCGCUAGAUAUCAUUUUUGCGAACUCGUGGAGGACUGGUGAGGUGCCUGAAGACUGGAAAAGGGCACAAUAGUGCCUUUCUUUCAAAAAGGGAAAAUGAAUGAUGAUCCUGGAAAAAAUACUCAUCAGCCAAACUUUUAUGCUUGGAAAAAUUCUGGACUAAUCAACUUUGUAUAACUGGGUGCUAAUUUCCAAAAAGCAAGAAACAAAAAGGCAAUAAAACAUCCAAGUACUUAUUUGGGAUUGUUUUUGCCACCCAGUUCUGCAAACUCUUGACUGUUUAAAAGGAAAUAGGAUAAAUGGAUGGAUUUGAUUGAUGUUAGUUAAGGUUUUAGAAAAAUAGCUUAUUAAUCAUAGUAAAAGGCAUAGGUUCUUAAUAUUAGAUUAUAAUUAGAUCAUUCUAUAUUAGUUAUUUUGUCUUUUAACAUAAAAGACUUUUUCCCUCCAUAAAGGACAACAUUAUAUUAAAAUAUUCUAGGAAAGAAGAAUAACCUGAUCAGAGGUACAAGUCCUAUGUACAUUGAGGUAUAGUGGCAAGACUUCUGGACUUGGAAUUUGGAGACCUGAAUUUAUAUCCCAGCAUUGACGCUUAUUAGAUGCGUGGGUGACCAUAGACAAAUUACUUCAUCUUCUUGAGUUUUGAUUUUCCUCAUCUGUAAAAUGGGUCUAGUAAUACUUGCACCACCUUUUUCUUCAGGCUGUUUCGAGGAAAAGUGCUUCGUACAACUUAAACUGCUAAAGAAAUAUGUUAUUAUGUGUGCAGGAAUCUCAUCCUGGCUACAGUGUGGGGGGUUACAUUGUGGAAUGAUGAAAAUGUAAAAGCUCCAUUACUAACGAGCUGUACAGUUUGGGGGCAAAUCUCUUCCCCUCUCCGGCCCCCAAUUUUCUUCUUUAGGAAGCAAGAAACUUGGGCUAGAUGAUAUCAAUAGCUCAUGAACCUCACUGGUGCCCCACUAUAUACAAAGUCUUUCCAGAUGAUGUCAAUGAGGCCCAGAGACUUCCUCCAGAAGUCACUUCCUUGAGGUCACUGAACUCCUUCCCAGUUCUUACAUUCUAUGAUUCUGAAUAGUCCCAUGUUGUGUUAUGCGCUCUUAGGGUGAAUAGUUUAGCUACGACAGUAUAUCUGCAUGGAAGGCAUUGCAAUGCAUAGACACACAGAUAAAAUUAAAGAUGGCUUGGUAGGAAGGGGAGAUAUUUCCUUUUAGCUUCUAUGUCACUUUAGACAGAUGAGAUUUACAUAGGCUUAUGGGCACACCCUACACAGCUGACUGGAAAGCAGGAGUCAAUUAUUCUGUACUAACCCCUGACCUCAUCCUACUUACCCAUUCAUCAUUUGGACUAGAAGCCAGAAGUUUUGAGUUCUCUGGCCUACUCCAUGUUAAGCCACGUCCCUUCCCUGUGGUUUCUGACCAAAGGCCCAUACUUGUGGAUCCAUUCUCUUGUCCUUAGCCUUUCUUUUGCAGCUUCCUGAUGUGGUAGCCAUUUUUGCUAGUCCUGGUUUUAUAGUGGGUGAAGGCAGCUAGGUGUUUUAAUGGGUAGAGUGCUGGGCUUGGAGUCAGGAAGACCUGAGUUCAAAUCCAGCUUCUGACACCUACUAACUUUGUGACCCAAGGCAAGUUACUCAACUUCCAUUGGCCUUACUGCACUGGAGUAGGAAAUGUCAAACCACUCCAGUAUCUUUGCCAAGAAAACUCCUCGGACACUGUAUGUGUGCUAUCGUCCACAGUGUCAUGAAGAGCUGGAUGACUGAAUGACUGAACAGCAACAAUAAAGGGUCAAAUGCUAGUAAAUGAUAAAGGUGACAAAAUCUAAAAUAAAUGUUUUUCUUAGUCUGAAUAAUCAUCUUCCAUAUCAUUCAGCUGAGAAAUAUUUGGGACUACAGAAGAGGUAGAAACUCAUAUUAGCAUUGUUUUGAGCCAGUAGGGAUUGGGGAGGGUGUAGAGCACUCUCAUUUUUCAGGUGAAGGGUUAGAUUAGAUGACCUCUGAGAUUCUUUCUAGAUCCAGCCUCUCUGCUCUUAAGAUCAGAGGAAACAGGGAGGCAAAGAAUGUUAUGCAACUAGCCUAAUUCUCAGUGCCUUUUGCUCCCGGGGAAUACCUUGAGCACAAAGGGAAGCACAAUAACUUUCAGGCCACUAGGAUAGCAUCAAGUUCAUUAUUGCUACUGUGAUCUAAUUGAUUCAAAUAAUUUAGUUUCAGGGAAUAUUAUAUACUUGGCGAAAUCAUACUCACUAUUGUUUUUUUCCUUAAAUAUAAUGCAAUUAAGGUCUUAAAAAAUAUUGACCUAGUCCUUUAAAUAAGUCAUAUAUAAGUCUUGUGUUCAACUCUCCUCUAUGAAUUUUCCCCAAAUUAAUUAGAAUUUUUGCAUUAUGGGGGAUAGAUUUUUUUUCUCUCCAAGGGAUGGGUUUGGUAUCUACUUGUACUAAAACCAGAAUUUAUUGUAACUAAAAAUGAGUUCAUGUUUGAGAUCUCCAGUUUCCUAACUGCAUUUUGUCUAGACUUCUCUUUUAGACCUAUCACAAUCUAUUUUGUAUCAUACAUAUUUGUAAACAUUUAUUUCCCUCCCUACACAAAAUGUAAGCUCUUUAGGGGCAGGGACUGUGUUAUUUUUCAACUUUUUGUUUCUAGUGUUGAUUACGGUGUCUCUUGGUGUUUAAUAAAGGUUUGUUGAA